AUGUCAGUUGUGGGAAUCAUCACCUGGGCAGCGAAUAGGUCCCUAGUGCAGAGCUCGCUGAGACCGGUCCUACCAACGGGAACUGAUUUCCAGGAUCCGCAGUAUUUCGCCUUUUUGUUAGAAUUUUUUGGUUCCUUUUUACUGCCCGUGAUCAUAAUAUCCCCCUGGAUUUAUGUCAUCCCAGUUGGAGCAGUCGCCGCAUUUAUCAUUCUGAUUCUGAUCCCGGUGAAGUUACAGAGGAAGAUGAAAAGUGACAUUGCUUGUGUCCCCACAGCCAACGACGACUGGACGACUUACGCUGUGACGGAGGUGAUUUUAAUGUCGGGGAAAGCCGCCCUGCUUAAAGUGCUGCUGUGCCAAGUAGUUCUUAACGUAGAUCAAUUCGACAUCAGAGUAAGAGAAACGCAUGUGACCGGAGUCCUGGGUAAAUCGGUUGUAUUAUCCGUUCACGAAGAAGGGCCAAUACGGAGAAUCACCUGGGACAAGGGCAAACAGAGAUUUCUGAACUGCCAGAAUGGUGAUGGUCACAAAAUCUUCGGCAGAGAUCAAAACAGAGUAACAUGUUUCCUGGAAUGCUCCCUCCAGCUUUCAGACCUGCAGAUGGAAGACCGUGGGGUCUAUCUGGUAACAGCAGUAACUGCUGAUGGUCAGACCAAAAACCAAUCCAUCUAUUUAGACCUCUCUGGUUAUACCUCGCCUAGAAUACUGAUUCCAAUUCAAUGCAGCACAUUACAUGAAUAACAUUGCUCUGAGAGAGAGGGAAGGUGCGGUUCAGAUUGACUGGAAUGAUGCUACCGAGGAGAGAUUUCGAUUCUGCGCAAAGACUAGGAAGUUUGGCCUGUUCCCUUUGGAGCAAAGAAGGUUGAGGGAACAUUACUUGGAAGCAGGCAAAAUUAUGAUAAUGUUUUUGGAGAGAAAAAGUGGCACCUCCACUUUUGGGAACUUUUGGGAAGAGUAUUGGGAACUGGAGGAAGGCACAUUUAUGGUCAUUGCCUUGAGAAGCAGAUGAAGAGAUUUAGUUUGCUCGGUGAGUUGUUAUGAAGUGGGAACAUAUUAAAUGGUUACUUAUUAUGAGGAAAGUAAUUGGACGCAAUUAUCAAAAGGAAGAACCUGUGGGUGCAGGUAUGUGGAAUUAAUUGGAUCGCUCACUCAAAGAGCAGACAUUGUCACCAUGUGAACCCUUCCAUGCUGAAAUGUACAAUGUGGACACCAUAAUGUGGGUGGUAUCACAUUCACCACUACGAAAAUUUGGAGUCUGUGAACUUGUUUGGACUUUUAAAACAAUCUGUUCAUGGGAUGUGGGCAUAGCUAGCUAAGCAUACAUUUAUUUCCCACCCCUAAUUGCCCUUGUUCAGAGGGCAUUUAAGAGCCAACCACAUUGCUGUGGGUCUGGAGUCACCAUGUAAGGACAGCAGGUUUCCUUCUCUAAAAGAACAUUGGUGAAUCAGACGGUUUUUUUUUACGACAAUCGACAAUUGUUUCAUGGUCACCAUAAGGCUUUUCAUUCCAGGUUCUUAACUGAAUUCAAAUUCCACCAAAUGCCAUGGUGGAGACAUGGGUCCCCAUAGCAUCCGCCCUGGUUCUCUGGAUUACCAGUCCAAUUAUAAUACCACUCUGCCACCACUUUCCCAUUUGAACAUCCGGGGCAGUGUAGUCACCCCUUCCACGCUACUGCCAAUGAAAACUUCCAUCCCUUUGACACUGUGUUUCUGCCCCUCUGUCGUGGACUGAAAAUUUUGCAGGACCAUUUGUUUAAACUAUGGCUGCACUGUGUUUCUUAUUCUUG